GUCGCGCGCCGAGUCAUCGAUCGCGAGUUCCCGAGCGGCCAGGCUCCACGCAGGCCACCAGCAGCCUGCUCGCGGGGUGGGCUCCAGGGGGCGCCCUCAAGAGAGGGGGUGGGGCACUCAUGUUCCAGAGAUCAGCCUGGCGGGGCCUUCACGCCGUUACACCUCAGCAUCCCCAUAGCUCCGGCAGUCGCCGCUCCGGGGCCGCCGCCGCUUGAGGCGGGAGCUGACCGGCUGCGCCGUCGUCACCGUCGCCGCCUCGGGGUCCCGGCCCCUGGGCCCUCCUGCGGCCGCCAUGAAGCUGCGGGUCCGGCUUCAGAAGCGGACCUGGCCGCUGGAGAUGCCCCAAGCGGAGCCAACGCUGGGGCAGCUGCGCGCGCACCUGAGGCAGGCCCUGCUGCCCACCUGGGGGUACAGUUCUGAUACCCGGUUUGCAAUUACAUUGAACAACGAGGAUGCCCUCACUGGAGAUGAAGAGACCUUGGCUUCAUAUGGCAUUGUUUCUGGGGACUUGAUAUGUUUGAUUCUUGAAGAUGCCAUUGCAGCACCUAACUUACCUUCAUCCACAGAUUCAGAGCAUUCCUCACUCCAGAAUAAUGACCAACCCUCUUUGGCUGCCAGCUCCAGUCAGUCCAGCAUACAGGAUGAACAACUGCGUGAUUCAUUCCAAGGACAGGCAGCCCAAUCUGAUGUCUGGAAUGAUGGAAGUAUGUCAGGGCCUAGUCACAAUUUUGAAGCUGAGUCAAUUCCAGAUGUCGUGGAUGCGGAAGAGGGCACAGGUUUCUUUCCCUCAGAACCAAUGCUCUGCAGCGAAUCGGUGGAAGGGCAAGUGCCACAUUCAUUAGAGACCCUGUAUCAGUCAGCUGACUGUUCUAACCCCAGUGAUGCCCUGAUAGUAUCCAUACAUCUUCUCAUGUUGGAGUCGGGUUACAUACCUCAGGGAACUGAAGCCAAAGCUGUGUCCAUGCCGGAGAACUGGAGGUCGGGGGGCGUGUAUAAGCUGCAGUACAUGCAUCCUCUCUGCGAGGGUGGCUCUGCUGCUCUCACCUGUGUGCCUUUGGGAAACCUCAUCGUCAUAAAUGCUACGCUAAAAAUCAACAGUGAGAUUAGAAGUGUGAAAAGACUGCAGCUGCUGCCAGAAUCUUUUAUUUGCAAAGAGGAAUCAGGGGAAAAUGUAGCCAAGAUAUACAAAGAUCUUCAGAAGCUCUCUCGCCUCUUCAAGGACCAGCUGGUGUAUCCUCUUCUGGCUUUUACCCGACAAGCACUGAACCUACCAGAUGUAUUUGGGUUGGUAGUCCUCCCAUUGGAGCUGAAACUGCGGAUCUUCCGACUUUUGGAUGUUCGUUCUGUCCUGUCUUUGUCUGCAGUUUGUCGUGACCUCUAUAUUGCUUCGAAUGACCAACUUCUGUGGAGGUGUUUAUAUCUGCGGGAUUUUCGAGAUGGUACUGUCAGAGGUCGAGACACAGAUUGGAAAGAACUGUACAAGAAGAGGCACAAACAAAGAAAAGAAGCUCAGAGAGGGCGGCAUGUGAUGUUCCUGCCAUCGUCACCCCACCCCAUUCCAUUCUACCCCAACCCCUUGCACCCCAGGCCUUUUCCUCCCAGUUCUCUCCUUCCUCCAGGAAUUAUUGGUGGUGAAUAUGAUGAAAGACCAACCCUUCCUUAUGUUGGGGAUCCAAUCAAUUCACUCAUCCCUGGGCCUGGAGAGACACCCAGACAGUUCCCUCCACUCAGACCACGUUUUGACCCAAUCGGCCCCCUUCCAGGACCUAACCCCAUCUUGCCAGGGCGAGGUGGCCCCAAUGACAGAUUUCCCUUAAGACCUAGCAGGGGUUGGCCAACUGACAGCCGGCUACCAUUCAUGUGACUGAUUUAUAAUCUCAUGCUGGAGCUUGUUUUGUUUUUGUUUUUGUUUUAAACUACAGAUGUCAUCUUGUUGGGGUGCUAUCUCUAGUGUUUUCUGAUUGUGGUGGUGAGAAAUGCACUCACAGAAGCCUUUUGGUAGAUAUAUU